AUGGAAUGGGGAGCCAAGCGGGAGCCUCUGGCUCUGCCUCUCGAUACCAGCUAUGACUCGCUGAACGAUGGGCUGCCCCUGAAAAAGAUGAAGGUCGCGCAGGUGGACGCGGCGCGCGCCUCGUCUCGGAGCCCCGCGGGCCCCACCGCGACGGCAUCGGGCACAGCUGCCGCCGCCGCCGCCUCCGUGUCGCCCGCAUCGCCCUCGCAGCCCAUGGCCAGCACAGCGCCGCCAGCCUACCCGCAGCGCGGCCAGCCAGCCCAGACGCCGCAGCAGACGCUGCCCACCAUUCCAGAGGUGCAUGAAGAGGCAGAUUACUGCCCCUGGCCCGCUGCCGCCGCCGCGCAUGCGCGGCUGGCAACCGGUGGCCAGGGCCAGCGCGCGCACGGGCGCCCGCGUGGCAGCUCGCCGCCCAAGCAGCAGCAGCAGCAGUCGAAGCCUGAAGAGCAGCAGGAGCAGCAGCAGCAGGGGUCCCAUCAAGAGCCUGCUCCAGAGUUAGAACUGGCGGCGGGCGAUGCUGAGCCGCCGCCGCCGCCGCCGCAGCAGACCGGAGGCCGCGAUGGGGAGGCGACGGGCGAUCAUGGCGACUUCCUGGAGGCUGCACGUGACGGCCCACGGCAGCGCCGCCGCCUGGGCAGCACAGCAGGGUGCUGCUGGGUGCUGCCGCCGCAGCAGUUGGCACCCGGAGGGCCCGCCGCCGCGCUGGCGCUGGGCCCGGAGCUGCAGCUGUCGCUGCAUGCGCAGUAUGUGCACCAGCCCCGGCCGGGCUUCCCUGGCUGGGCGGUGGUGCCGUAUAGCCCUAGUCCGCCCCUCCAGCAGGACCCGCAGCAGCAGCAGGCGAUGCCAGGCACCGCCGAGCAGUGGCAGCCACCUGCGCACCACGCGCCGCAGCAGGUGCAGGUGCAGGCGCUGGUGCACCAGCUACUGCAGGCUCAGCAGCAGCAGCAGGCGGCAGCCGACGGCCGGCAGCUGCCAACACCGGCAGAGUGCGACACAGCUAUGAUGCCGGUUGCGGAUGAGCACCCCGCCUGCCCGCACGCGGAGCCGCUGGCACAUAAGCUGCCUGGAGGGCUGGAGCGCAGCCACGUGUCGCUGGAACACCUGGCUGGCGCUGUGCUGGGUGCCAUCGAGCGGCACGGCUCGGGCUCCCGAUCGGGCGGAUCCCUAGAGCAGCGGCUGUCGGGAGGGCUCGAGGCCGCCCUGUCGCCCGCGGCCGCGCCGCCGACGGCGCCGCAGCAGCAGGGCCUGCCGGCGGCAGCUACAGGCGGCCUGCCUCCUGCGCGCUUUGGGGCCCCUGCGCCGCCGGUCGCUGCAUCUUACGGUAGCAAUGGCGGCGGGGACAGCAUGGAGGACUAG